AAAUUUCACUCGCAAGCAUCGUCGUCAUAAAAUUAGUGCUGACCGUUGCGGGGGGGUCUUUGUCAUCGCCUUCUGCGACGCUCAAUGGCCAGGAGAGCAAAAUACAAUCUGCGUUAUUAAUUCGUGUCCUAGUAACGCCUGCAGACCGUUCGUUUGCGUGCACGAUUUGCUAGUAUCCGGGUGACGUGACGUCGUUAGUUAGCAAACCUCGAUUAGCAAAGUGUGCAAUAUUUAGCCUUUGCUUCUAUUAAUUCUUCGCUCUCACUUAAAGUAACUUCGCCGGAGGUCAAAGGAACGAUCGUUGACUUGCUGACCCAUGCAUUAAUGUUGUUAUCUGCGUCGAAGGUGCAUUAAGCGAUAACAUGGACAUGCUCGAUGCAUAUGUUGGCUACGAGCUGGGAAGCUCUUCGGAGCCGGAUGAUAUUCCGAGGACGAACGAAAGCGUGUGGGUACUGGGGAAGCAGUAUCACGCCACCGAUGAUCUGGAAGCGAUUCGUCAGGAUGUACAAUCGAGGCUCUGGUGCACCUAUCGCCGGGGGUUUGUCCCAAUCGGUAACACACAGCUUACGACCGACAAAGGAUGGGGCUGCAUGCUGCGCUGUGGUCAAAUGGUACUUGCCGAGGCACUAACCGAGCUCCAUCUGGGACGCGAUUGGAAAUGGAGCACGGAAACGCGGAACACAACCUACCUGAAGAUCGUCAAUCGGUUCGAGGACAGCAAGCAGGCGCCGUUCUCGCUGCACCAGAUUGCCCUCAUGGGUGACUCUUCGGAGGAGAAGCGCAUCGGGGAAUGGUUCGGCCCGAACACGGUGGCACAGGUGCUAAAGAAGCUUGUGAAAUUUGACGACUGGUGUAGGUUAGUGAUACACGUUGCCCUGGACAAUACCCUAGCAACCGAUGAAAUUGUGGAACUGUGCACCAGUCAUCAGCGGACGGACCAGGACGGACCGGGAUGGGAGCCGUUGUUGUUGAUCGUCCCUCUGCGAUUAGGUUUAAGCGAAGUGAAUCCUAUCUACAUUGAGGGUCUGAAAACGUGUUUUCAGCUGCCCGGAAGCUGCGGCAUGAUUGGUGGACGCCCAAACCAAGCACUCUUCUUUAUCGGGUACGUUGGCGAGGAAGCGCUUUAUCUCGAUCCGCACACGGUUCAGCGUGUCGGGUGCGUCGGCGAGAAGGAGGAUAGCGGUGAACAAGAGCAAGACGAAACGUUCCACCAGCGUUACGCCAGUCGAAUCGCGUUCGGUGCGAUGGAUCCAUCGUUAGCGGUUUGCUUUCUGUGCGCCAGUCGGGCUGCCUUCGAUCAGUUGGUGGCUCAGUUCAAUGAACGGCUCAAUGGUGGGGGUUGCCAGCCACUGUUCGAGGUAACGAAAACCCGGCAAGCACCGUGGACACCGACGACGGUAUCGUCCGCAUCAUCGCGCAAGAACAGUGGACCAAUGGAGGCCUUCAAUGUGAUAUCUGCCACGGAAAUUCCCAACGAAGAGUUCGAAGAAGUGGAACCCCGUACCUUGGAUGACUCGGAUGAGGAGUUCGAGAUUAUUGCCUAACGGGAUCGCACCGGCGGCGGCGGAAUCGUAAGCCGACUGGCAGAAGCGGAGAGUCAAGACGGAGCUAUGGUAAACCACACAGCCACACGGUAACCACACUUGGGAUGGGUUUGCCAUCACCAGUGUACCGUUCUUACGCAAAUAGUGUCCCACAAAAAAGUUUUUAUGAAACCGUCAGGAUGUUUUGCUUAACAGACACAAUAAGACGAUAAGCUUAGAAGCGCAU